AUGUCGAGCAGCUGCUUGUCCUGCUCAGACCCCAUCAGCCCGUGCCCGUCCUGCCCCUCGGGUCAGGUCUGCAUCCAGACAGGCCGCUCGUGCACCGUCUGCCCCAAGAACAUCUGCGUCGACGACGGCUCAAAGGGCAACUCGGGGUCGGGAGGACCCUCGACGGGCGCGACGGCUGGAGGAGCGGUGGGCGGCGUCCUGGGCGUCGCAGCGAUCCUUGCGGCGGUCUACUUCUUCUGGUGGAGGCCGCGCGGGUUGGCGGCGAGCAGGAAGAGGUACUCUCAGCACCUCGCGAAGCGGCAGAGCAAGCUGAGCGAGAAGCGCAAGACGGGGCAGUACACGGAUGCGGACGACGGUCCAGGACAGACGGACAGGGCGACGAAGCGGACGUCCGUUCACCUCAAUAUUGACGCGGGCGCGGAGGGCGCCGUCAACCGCAGGAACACGAGUCCGUUGAGGGAGGGAGGCGCGUUGAUCUCGGGCAGGACCUCCGAGGAUGACAACCCGUUCGGGGACCAGAACCGGUCGUCCAUUGGCAGCUUCAACGACACCAGCUCGAUCCACGACUCCGAGUUCUCUUUCCGCUCCUCGCACACCAACGUCAUUCCCAUCGCCUACAUCCCGCCCCACUCGUCGUCCAUGUCGAUCGCGGACGCACAGCGAGGCGGCUUUGGCGAGUCGCAGGCCGAACGGCCGCUCCCUCCUCGCUCAGCUGCCGUUCGCGCGUCGAUCCCGACGAGCAUGGCGAGCCGUGACUCGCUUGCGCUCGCCGGAGCCGAAGUCAUCGAGCUCAACCCGCUUCCUCCCGUCCUCACGCCCGACACUCCUGCGGUUCCGCACGGCACGACCGCCAACGGCGCGCCGAUCCGCCCGCCUCGCUCGCCUGGUCUCGACCUCAACCUGCCGAAGAUCUCUUCCCCUCUCGCCGGCUCUUCCCUCGUCGGCUCGCCAGACGGCCAGAUACGCCCCUCGUCCUACAUCGCCAGCGGCAACACCUCUCCGACCUUCCUCACGCCUCCAUCCAGCGCCACUCCGCGCCGCAUGUCCGUCCUGGCCGAACAACAGUCCCGCGCACGCUCUCAGCAGUCCCACCUCUCGACUAUCACGACCCGUUCCGGCACCUCGACCAUGUCGUACAUCCUCGACCCGCCGCAGAUCAUCACGCCCGUCUCGGGCCAGGGCGUCCGACGUGUCGAGCUUCACCAGGGUCAGGCUGGGCUCGUCAAGAUUGGGAGUGCGGCAGCUGUCCCUCUCCCAGCGAGUCCGACCAGCCCGACUUCCUCGGUCAACCCGUUCGACGACUCGAACGCUGCGGCGGCGCGACGUCACUCGCGCAUGUCGUCGCAGGAUACGGUGCGGGGUGGACAAGGCGCAGGGGCAGACGACUUCGACAGCCGUCCCGGAACGUCGAUGACCAACUCGUCGCGCUGGACCGCCUCAUCUCUCGCUUCCGAAGCGUCCGAGGCUGUGCAAUUCCUCCAGGGACAGACCGUCACCUUCACGAACCCCAACUCGCCCGACCCGCCUGUCCUCCUCGCCAACAGGCGGCUGCUCAACACCGCUUCCGGCGCCUCUUUCGACGUUCCGCAAUCAGCACGGUCUUCUGAGGCGUUCGACACCGGCUCGCACGUCCGGCCACUGCUGGAGCGCUCGGCGUGGUCGUCGAGCACUUCGGCUGCGUCGUCAACGGGCGGCACGCAAUCGACGGCGAUGUCGCCCAGCCAGAGCCGCGACUCGACCGCGACGGCGACCAGCGGGCACAUCUCGGUCCUCGAAGGCAUCCCCUUCAUCGCCUCGCACUCUCCAGCUGACGACCGCAUGUCGAUGCGCGGCCCGUCUACCAGCUCGGUCAGUCUCGGCUUGCCUGUGAACGUUACUGCUCCGCUGGACGGAGCAGGAGCGCCUUCGCCUUCUCUCGCUGCGCCUACCGACUCCUCAGCGUCCAUCACGAUCGCGCCGCCUUCGCCUCACCCCUCGACCCUCUCAGCAACCGACGCUGACGACACCGACCCUCUCCCCGCGCCCUUCCUCCCCUUCGCCGGCCAGCGCCCAACAUCGACCGCCUCCUCCACUGGCGGCGCCCGCAGCGGCCCAAACGGCGAACGCGUCCAAUCGAGUCUCUCCAUCCGUUCAGGCUUCGGCUCGGGACUCUCGCAGAUCCCGUUCCAGCUUGGGUUCCCGAGCGGGUUCGGCGAAGACGGGUUCUCGGACGCAGGGGGAGACGACGAAGACGCGACGAGGAGGAGCUUGUUGAGCGCUAGGGACUCGACGUUCCCGCCUAGCGAGGUGGGCGAUGUCGAGCCGGAUGCGCAGGAAGACGAGGAUGCGUCCAAUCCGUUUGGUUCGCAUGCGGAGGUCGACGACUCGAGCGCGGACAAGGCUGCGACUGCUGACCCGCGAGCAUCGAUGGACUCGCUCGCUCUCGCCGUCGGGCUCUCCGCCAACCUCGACGCACAAGCCGACGGUCAAUCGUGA